AUGGAUGAUGACGACUUACAUCAAGCAGCGAAUAACCCCGGCUUCGUCGCUUUCCUGAAGAUCGUCUUGAGCGAUGACCCUCGCAUGCUCGGGGCGUGUAUGUGGAGGCUCUACCAGCGCAGCGCCCCUCCAGAUCUCAAUAUUCUCGACGAGGCUAUUCAAGCGACACAACGGGCAGUAGAGCGUGACCAAGACUUAGAACCCAGCGAUCGUCCUCAACUGUACUUCGACCUUGGGGUUCGACUCGACGCUCGUUCAGACCUGACCCACUCACUUGACGAUCUCGAUCACUCUAUGCUAGCUUUUCAGGCUGCUGUUGAUCUCACGUCGGACGAUAAUUCCAACCAGCCCGAGCGUCUCAAUCGACUAGGUGCUUCGCGGGCCCAGUACUUGGAACGUGUCGGCAGGAUCGAUGACCUCAAUGUUGCUGUCACAGCAUUCAGCCGCGCCUUCGAACUCCUACCGGACGGCCACUUCGGCAAACCGAUACUAAGCAGUAACCUCGGCAACGCGCUUCGCACACGCUCCAAGCACACCGGGGAGCUCGAUGAUGUUGAGCAGUCUGUCUCGUCGACUCGUCGUGCGGUCGAGCUCACACCGGAUGGCCACCCGGAUAAGCCAUCCCGGUUCAACAGCCUCGGCAACUCUCUCUACACUCGCUUUAAGCGUACCGGGGAGCUUGAUGAUAUCGAGCAGGCCAUCUCGUCGCAUCAUCGCGCGGUCGAGCUCACACCGGAUGGCCACCCCGACAAGCCAUCGCGGUUCAACAACCUCGGAAACUCCCUCCAGGCUCGCUUCGAGCGCACCGGGGAGCUUGACGAUCUCGAGCAGGCCAUCUCGUCGCAUCGUCGCGCGGUCGAGCUCACACCAGAUGGCCACCCUAAUAUGCCAUCGCGGUUCAGUAACCUCGGCAACUCGCUUCACACUCGCUUUGAGCGCACCGGGGAGCUUGAUGAUAUCGAGCAGGCCGUCUCGUCGCAUCGCCGCGCGGUCGAGCUCACACCACAUGUCCACCCUAAUAUGCCAUCGCGGUUCAGCAACCUCGGCGGCUCGCUCUGGACUCGCUUUCAGCACACUGGGGUGCUUGAUGAUAUCGAGCAGGCCGUCUCGUCGCAUCGCCGCGCGGUCGAGCUCACACCAGAUGGCCACCCGGACAAGCCAUCCCGGAUCAACAACCUCGGCAACUCACUCCACACCCGCUUUGAGCGCACCGGGGAGCUUGACGAUCUCGAGCAGGCCAUCUCGUCGCAUCGUCGCGCGGUCGAACUCACACCAGAUGGCCACCCCGACAAGUCGUUGUAUCUAUCCAAUCUGGGCGAGUCGAUUCGGGGCCGUCACGAACAUACUCCAACUGGGAUUGACUGCAUGGCCGCUGUUGGGUGUUACAUGGAGGCGACAAUGCACACGUCUGGCAGCCCUUCAGCGCGUCUCGAUUCUGCCUUACGCAGCGUCCGCCUUUUACACCAAAACCCCUCAAUAAGCACCCCAGACUCGCUCUUGUCGGCCUACUCGCGCAUCAUCGCCGUUCUCCCGGAAAUUGUCUGGCUAGGAUAUGAUAUUCAGCGACGCUACACGGAAUCAUCUCGUGUAGGCGAACUCAUCAAUCUCGCAGUCUUCGCAGCUAUCUAUCUAGAUGCUCUCACACUGGCUGUAGAGUGGCUGGAGGCGGGUAGAUCGCUCAUCUGGGCUCAGGUUCUGUCGCUGCGCACACCGCUCGAGGACUUGAAAGCCUUUGACCCGGAACUCGCGGAAUGUCUUCGUCGUGUUCAACAAGGUCUCCGGUCAUCCGCGAGAAGCUCGUUCGCCCCGGAGACUCGGACAGUCAGUGACGUUCCCGGGCUUACAACCAACCGUGCGGCCGAUGCCCAUCGCGCGCUUGCCAUCGAGCACGACGACCUCUUGAAGAAGAUUCGUGCAUGCCCCGGCUUCGAAGACUUUCUACGUCCAAAAUCAUUUGACGUACUCGCGACUUCCGCAUUGAAGAUGUUGAGUGGCUCCAUGGUCUUCAUCAACGUAUCUGUUGCAUCCAAUGCACUGGUGCUUCAUCCAAAUGGCGAAUUGCUAUCGAUACCACUGCCCGAACUCUCGACGGAACGAGCAAAUAAACUGCGUUCGCUAUGGGCUACAGAACUCAGACACUAUAGAGACCGGAUACGCGACUCAGCUGCAUCACAGGAAGAGCUGCCAUUAAACGAGGAGAGCCCGCAGCUCGCUCUUUCGGACGUCACGCUCAUUCGAUACAUGGCGCGAGCAUACGAGGAUGGAAAAAACGAUGCCACCCGUGUACUCGAGCACCUUUGGGAGUGGAUCGUGCAUCCCAUCACCCAAUCUCUCAACCUAACGGUCGAAGAUCACAACCAUAACGGUGUUCUUCCACACAUUACAUGGUGCCCCACGGGGCCGCUAGCACAGCUCCCCCUUCACGCAGCAGGCAUAUACAGCGAACCCCAUGGCCCGCGCGCAUUCGACUUCAUCGUGUCCUCGUAUACCCCUUCGUUGUCCGCACUCCUGCGCUGUCUUGAAGGCGGAGGCAGGCGAGAUGCACCGCCAUCUGUACUCGUCGUUACGCAGCCGGCCACGCCGAAGUGCUCUCGACUGCCUGGAACCCGGGAGGAAAAGCGGUGCCUGCAAGCAGUCCUGCGUGACGCACAGAUCCCGAGUACCGUCUACGAUCACGAUAAGGCCACGGUGAAGUCCGUUCGAGACGUCAUGGGGCAGUAUCCUUGGGUACACCUGGCAUGCCACGGCUCGCAGCAUCGCACUGACCCGACGAAAAGUGCGUUCGAGCUCUACGACGGUCCAUUCACGCUGUCAGAUCUCAUGGGUACCGUAUCCGACAACGCGGAGCUUGCUUUCCUAUCGGCGUGUCAGACCGCUGUCGGCGAUGAGAAGGUACCCGAGGAAUCUGCUCACCUAGCGGCAGGCAUGCUCGCGGUCGGCUUUAAGGGCGUCGUGGCGACGAUGUGGUCCAUCGGAGACGCCGACGCGCCCAUCGUCGUUGAGGCGUACUACAAGGAGCUCAUCGCCCUGCGCGAGGCUGGCGUUCUCAGGAAGGGGGAGACGGGCGUGGCAUAUGCGCUGCAUGCGGCCACGAAGGUCCUGCGGGAGAAGGUGGGGGAGGCGGCGUUCAUGCGAUGGGUUCCGUUCGUCCAUUUCGGAGUAUGA